AUGUCUUGUAGGAAUCUUAUAACGAAUGCUUUAAGGAAAAAGCACUUUUACAAAGAAGCUAUCAGAAUUGAGCCAAUAUCAUCUGAUGAAAUAUCUGGUAUAAAGGAACCUGUGUCUGUAGACUGGCUUAAAUGGGAUCCAAUCUCCAGUGGUGAAGGGGAUUUACAACUGGAUGAUAUGGAAAAGUCUUUUUCUGCCACCACUAGAGUAUCCAAAACUGCAAAAGCAAUUGAUUUUUCUGAGGUUUUUAAUAGCAUGGCAUCAAAUGGUGCAAAUUAUUUAACUAGUAUUCAGGCAACUGAGACACCAGUUGCAACUAGUGGAGUAACCGAAAAGCCUGGCGGAUUUGGUUUUCUUCUUGAAACAGAUCAGACUUCAUCAUACAACACUUCGUUAAAGAACCAUACCUAUGGUGAUGAAAAUUUUCAGGAAAAAAAUUUACCAAGUGAUGACACGAGAGCUUUCACCAACUCUGAGGGAAUUAGAAACCAGGUGAGCACCACCAAGGAUGAAUCAAAGAAUUCAAACGUUAUGCUUCCUUCAAUAGUAGAUGAAAGGCAUGAUGUGCAAUCAGAAAAAAACAUCCGUAGUUGUGAAAAUGUUUCUAUGAAUGAAGAUGUAAUGGAGAUGGAUGUUAAAGAUCAAGAAGGUAUUCAGGUGACCGAAAAAGUUUCAAGUGGUGAAAAACUAGGAGAGUCUGGAGAUGAUUCAACUACAAUUGUAGAUUAUAUUCCUCAUCUUGUUGCUGCUGACGACACAAAAGUUGAAAAUGUCUCUUCAGUUGCAAAUAACCUGGAAGUUAUGAUGGAUGAAGAAGAUGCAUGUGUGACCAAAAAUGUUUCAGGUGGAGAACAAAUUAAGGAAUCCGGGGAUGAAAUGAUUGCACUUGCGGAUCAUAUUCCACUUUCUGUAACCUCUGAUGGCAUGAUAGGUAAAGAUGUCCUUUCAUUUGCAAUUAUUGAGAACCUGGAGAAGCUACCCGUGGAAGAGCAAGAGCAUGGAGAUGCUGAUACUAGAAGUAUUCUUGUCGUGGAUGAUGAUUUAAAAGUAAAAGAUGACUCUUCUGAUGAAACUUGUAUGUCUCUGGAGGAGGUGAGAGAGAGAGGGCAAAUGCACGAAGAACAAACUUAUGUUGAAAGUAAACAUACAGCAUCAGUCCCAUUUCUGUCAGGGAGAUCCAGAGCAAACCGGAGGACAUCUCAUCAACAACCUUCAUUUCCUCUCAAGCGUUUGUUGAAUCCCAUGGCUUUCAAGAUGAGAACUAAAAAAUUUAAGCGGAAGGGGUGA